AACUUUCAGAAAGCUGCACAAGCGACGCUACAGAAGAUUAUUUUAUUAAAAUUAGCUUCAUUUCCCCAAACGAUUAAUCUUGGAAUACCCAAAAUGGAUGAAGUUAAAGUGGAUUUUUUGGACACUGCAAAAAAUACCGAGCCCACUGGAAAUUGUACAACUAACGCGCAAAUACAUUCGGCCAUGGUCGGAGUUUAUGAACACUGCUAACUUUAAGGCUGCAGCGAGUAUGCCACGUUUGACGAGUCGAUUUAUCCGGAACAUCACAUACUUUCAAAGCAAUUACAUCUUUAUUUUUGUUAUACUGAUGAUAUACUGUCUCAUUACCUCACCUUUAAUCUUACUGGUUUUGGCUGCUGUGGGCUACGUUAGUCAUAGAAUUAAGAAGACACAAGCUCCCGUCAGUAUUUUUGGACACCAAUUAUCAACCAAUCACCAAAUAAUGGUUGUGAAUAUAGCCUCUGCUCCUAUAUUAUUUAUAGCAGGUGCAGGCGCGGCACUAUUCUGGACACUGGGGGCUUCUUGCUUUGUCAUCUCUUUGCAUGCCAUAUUCUACAAUAUCGAUGCAAUUGUAACUGAAGAGAACGAGGGAUUCCUAGCAGAAGUCGUGUAAACAAACCCCGAACAUGUAAACACUUAAUAUACAUACUAUAAAAAAAAUUCAGCCACAUGUUUAAAAAUAUUCAUUUACCAAAAUUUAAUUAUUAAUAAAUGUACAUACAUACAUUUAUCUUAAUAUAAAAACAGAUCCGGGGCCUUAACUCCUGAAUGAUAUUUUAUAAUCAUUUAAAAUAAACAUGAGACUAUGUGCACAUACAUACAUAUCUAAUGCUAAAAACUCUACAUGCCAGACUUAUACAUUCAGGUUCUGCAAUUAACAAACCAGUACAGGCGGCUCUGCAAAUUAUAUAGUGCUGAAAUUCGGGAGUAAAUUGCAGAACCUGCUUGGCAGUUAAUUUGUAUAUAAAAAUAUUCGCCCUCAUUGCGAGGGUUGUGUCGAAUGCAAAUCGUUUUUCGAGAGUCGAAUCGUAUCGAAAAUUUCACGUCAUUGCCUAAAAUUUCCACUCGGCUAGUGUAUUAAAAUAUUGCCGAAUCGUACAAUUUAGCCUAAUUUACGACUACGGAGUGAGGCUGAAUAUGUACAUGCGAAUAUACAGCCUAAAAACAAAAAUUAAACCUGAACUGUAGAACCUUGCAGCAUGAGAGCCUGGGAAAUUGUCUAAUAAAACGAAAGCAUAAAUUCAAGGCCCUACAUAGUAUUUGGCAUACAUCACCCAACUGUUCAGCUAUGAAAAAAUUACAGAAGAUAUAAGAGGUUAAAAUAAAAUGUUUAGAUAUUUUAAAAUAUUAAUAUUUUCUAAACUACAUAACCGAUUAAAAAAAUAAUUAUGUCAAAAUAAAGACAAUUAAUUUAUCUUUUAGUAUAAAUAUUGUACAUGCUUGUUUAUUAUUGUAAGCCAAAAAUAUUAAAAAACAAAAAGUUUCAUAAUUGUUUCAUAAAAUAACCUAUUUUGUAAAAAAGUGCAUAAGCAAAGCUAAAGAAAUUUAUAUUCGGCCCUAUCGCGAAUUUCACGUGAACAAAUAUUCACAAAAAUUAUAAAGCAAAACAAAAAUAAUUUUUCCCAAUUUGUUUUUGUUUUUCCAUACAAAAUACAUUGGGCGUCAAGAGAAAAGCGUGAAUAACUUUCGUCUCGAAGCAUUGCCACAAAAUUUUUUUGCAAAUAAUUACUAAUAGCACGUACAACAAUAUUAGCCCAAAACGCGAUUUUAAAGCCAUUGAGAUGUCAGUGAUAUUUUAAAAAAAUUUUAAUAACUUAAAAAAAUGUAUGGCCAAAUAAAAAAUAAAAGUGGGGGAAAAACACCAUCAUUCUCUGUCUAAAAUAUGAGCCGAAUCGGUAUUACCAAUCGCGAGAAAACAAUUAAAAUCUACACAAUUUCGAAAAAUGUUAAUACCUAUCUAAAGCUUCCAAAAUAAUUCGAUUUUCGAAAAAUUGUGAAACUUGUAUUUUUCUUUUAUCGUUGUGAAGCAUAAACAGAUAAUUGCACAAAAAGCUCGAUCUAUCUAUAUAGUAAAUUAAGUAAAUUGGACUAUAGUUGGAAGUUAUCAGUGCUGAUUCAAUGCAAUACUUUUAUUUUUUAUAGCUAAAUUAAAAACAUACGUAUAGUUCACGAACAACUUAUUAAUCGGACACAGUUUAAAACCAUGUCAUGUAGUUUUAUUUUCAGUUUGCAAGAUUUAAAAAAUAUACUUAUGUAUGUAUUUAUA